CCACCACUCGCCUCAUUUUUGCAUCCCCGCCAUGACCGACCAGAGGGCCUUCGUGGUCGAGCACCUUGAUCCCGAAUUGGGACAGUGGUCCACGCUCGAAUAUGCCUGCAUCGCUCGCGAAUCCCAUGCUCUUGGGGCUCGUUUUUUGCUCAGUUCGGUGCCCGCCGAACUAAGCGGAAAUCUGCCCGCAGAUUUGGUCGCCACCCCGGGCUUCGAGGUCGAGCAGCGCAGUGUCGAGGAGAUUUACCCCAAGGACAAGGUCUGUCUGCUGGACCCCGCUGCUCAGGUGGAAUUGAGCCCGGAGGACGGCGACACCUUCGACGUUUUUCUGUUCGGCGGCAUUCUCGGCGAUGACCCGCCUCGGGAUCGCACCUCUGAAUUGAGGAAAAAGGGCUACGCCGGUCGCCGAUUGGGCCCCAAGCAGAUGACCACUGACACCGCUGUGCGAGUCACUCGCAUGGUGGUGCACGAGAAAGUUCCCCUGGAGAAGAUUUCCUACGUCGACUACCCGGAAAUUCUGAUCAACGAGCACGAGCGGACUGAAAUGCCCUUCCGCUAUGUCAAGGACGCCCAAGGCGAGCCGAUCAUGCCCAAGGGGAUGGUGGAUCUGAUUAAGAACGACGCCGACAAGGCCGUCGAUGAUCUUUUCUAAUUGGGAGCCGGGGAAAAAAAGCCACAACUACAGGAAUAAUUAGGUCGAACGCCAGUUUCAGGAUGGAACCUGCCCGGGUUUCAUUUCCAGGGGGCUCCGACAUGUCUGGAACGAAUAUAAAAAUGAAUGCCACCAAUUGAUAGACGAAUAUACUGCGAGAUCGAUCGUCUCAGCCCAAAAAGGCCGUGAAUA